GGCUCCUCCCCCGGCCGCCUGCCCGGUGCUUUCGGUUUCCGUUUCCCCCGGCCCCGGGACCGCAGCGAAACCAGCCCAGCAGCUCCCUGGGAGCCUCCGGGUAAAUGCUCUCCCCCGCCAUGCAGAGCCUGGAGCUGCAGGAGCAGGACCUGACCGAGAUGGGCUCCCUGAUCCAGUCCCGUGUGGUUCUGGAGGUUUCCACCCAGGUCCAAACCCUGCUGGAUUCGCUGGACUCUGCUACCCUGGACAUCGCCGUGACGGGCGAAUCCGGCGCCGGCAAAUCCACCUUGGUCAAUGCCCUCCGUGGCCUGAGUGACUCGGACCCUCGCGCCGCCCCCACCGGCGUCGUGGAGACCACCGCUGAGCCCACACCCUACCCCCACCCCGGCUUCCCCAGCGUCCGGCUCUGGGACCUCCCCGGCACCGGCACCCCCAGCUUCCGGGCCGAGCGGUACCUGGAGCAGGUGGGCUGGAUGCGCUACGAUUUCUUCCUCCUCGUGGCUUCGGAGCGGUUCCGAGAGAGCCACGCCCGGCUGGCCCGGGCCCUGGCCGCCGCGGGAAGGCGCUUCUACUUCAUCCGCACCAAGGUGGAUCAGGACCUGCGGGCAUCCCGCCGGCGCCGGCCGACCCGCUUCCAGGAGGGCCAGGUGCUGGGCGAGAUCCGCACGGACUGCGCCCGCCAGCUGGAGAAGGAAGGCGAGGCCGCCCCGCGGGUUUUCCUGCUCUCCGCCUUCCAGUUGCAUCGCUUCGACUUCCCGCGGCUGCAGGCCACGCUGGCGGACGAGCUGGCCGGGCACAAGCGCCAUGCGCUGCUCCUGGCCCUGCCGGCCCUGACGGCCGAGGCCGUGGGGCGCCGGAAGGAGACUCUGCGGCGCCACGUCUGGAAGAAGGCCCUGCUGGCGUCCCUGGUCUCGGCGCUGCCGGGGCUCCCGCUGCAGAUCAACGUGCCCAUGCUGGUGGAGACGCUGGGCUCCUACCGCCGCAGCUUCGGCCUGGAUGAGGAGUCCCUGGGGGCGCUGGCCCGGGCAGGCGCUGGCUCCCCGCAGCGGCUGCGGGCCCAGGUGCGCUCGGCGCUGGGCCGGGCGCUCUCCCCGGCGGCUGUGCGGGACGCGCUGAGCCAGGCCGCGCUCUGUGGGCAGGCAGCCGCCCGCCUGGCCCGCACCCGCCUGCCGCUGCUGGAGAACCUGGUGGCCGGCGGCAUCUCCUUUGUGGCCGCCUACUACCUGCUGCACAGCGCCCUGGAGGGCUUCGCCGGUGACGCCCAGCGGGUGCUGGAGGCUGCCUACGGGACAGGGGAGGAGGGGGAGCCUUGUGACCCCCCUGAUCCCGGGUUCCUCUAUGACUGAGGGACGGGAUCUGCUGGGCGAGGGGGGCUGCUGGAGGCUUUGUGCCCCCCCGCCAGCCUCUGUGCCUGCCCCCCUCCCCAGCCCUCUCCCACUUCUAUCCCUCUCCCCCUCCUCUGGCUGCUAGCCCCCCCCCCCACACUUCCACUUCUCUCCCUUCACCUGGUCCCCUGGGGCUCCCUUAACAAAACAAUAACUCCCCCAUCCACACACCAGCUCUAUGGGGGGGGCCGGGGCUGGGAGGACUUCCAGUGGGGCCAGAUAGUGCCAGGAGCGCGAGGAGCAUUGUGGGUAGCCUGGGAGGGACGUGUGACCAUGGUUGGACCUCAGCAGAGCGUUGAGGGAGGAGGUGCCCAGUAGGGGGGUGGGGUGGCCUGUGGGGCAGGAUGAUGGCUGGUGUGGGGGCGGUCUCCUGUGCUGACGGGACAGGCACCGUCUGCUCCCCGUGGAGACGUGAGGGCCGUGCCUCCUUCCAGCCACGUCGUGGGAUUGUGCAAGCCAAGGCCCGGUCUAUGCAUCAAAUUUAAGUCAACGUAGCCACCUUGCUGGGGGGCGGGAAGAACCACUUCCCCGAGCACUGUGGCUAGGCCGACAUACCCGUGGUGUAGACACCGCUAGGCUGAUGGAAGGAACCUUCCGUUGACGCAGCUACCAUCACUUGGAGAGGUGGCGUUCCUAUGGCGAUGGCCAACCUCUUCCAUUGCUGUCGGGUGUGAGUAUGGUACAGGGUUAGGCCGGCCUAGCCACGGCGUCCUAGCUACGGUGCUAACGCCCCAUAGGGUAGCCAUGGCCCAGGGCAUAGGAGAUCACAGGAGGCUGAGGUUGGGGGUGGAGCUGGUCAGGACUUUCCCAGCAGAGCAGCCUUCUGUCAGAAAACGGGCUCUUGUCGGAAUCGAAACGGUGCGUGGGAAACUGACACAGUUGUUUUUUGGGGAAAAAAAAUCAAGGAAAAAACUCCAUUUUGAUACAAGCAUUUGGAUGUCUGGGUUCAACAUUCUGGUUGGUUGUUUUCAAUUUUUAACAAUUUGUAGAUGGUCAAAAUUGGAAGGAAACGUUUUAGUUUUAUCAGAUUUAUUCUAUUGGAUUUUUUUCUGAUUUGUUGGUUGUUUCUGAUUUUUAAAAAAAUCAGCGUUGGAAAGAAACAUUUUGAUUUUAGUGGGUUUUAUUUCAUUGGAUUUGUUUAACUUUUAAAAAGUCAAUAUUGGAAGGAAACAUUUCAGUUGUGUUGGAUAUUUUUAAUUUUUUUAAUUUUAAAAAAAUCAAUAUCAGAGGGGAAACAUUUUAUUGGAUUUUAUUUGAUUGCAUUUUUUAUUAUAUUAACUUUUACAUUUUGUAAAAGUCAAAACCAGAAGGAAACAUUUUGAGUUAUUUUAUUGGAUUUUAUCAGAUUUUAUUUUAUUCAAAUUGAUUAUAUUGGAUAUUAUUUGAUCAGGUUUUUAAAAUGUUAUUGAACGUGAAUGUUCCAAUUAGCCCCAGACCAAAAUAGUUUUCCCCAACAAUUUAGUUUCAUGGGGAAAUUGUCAAAUUUAUUUCUGGUUUUCAUCCUGAUUCAGAAGAAAACCAAAUUUCAAAAUAUCCAAAUUUCUCAUGGAGCAGAAAUUCUGACUUUGGACCAGUUCCGUCGAGGAGCCAAUCUUGGCCACAGGGUUUGGCUGAGAGACUGUGGAGGGAGACGAUAUGCAAAGGCUGCGUCCCUCUCACUGGACUGAGAAUUAGGCUCCUCUUUUAGUAUCCAGGGCAUGGCUUGAACUGGGACAUCAAAUCCAGAUGUCAGAGCCCAAAUUCAGAGCCAUAAUACAGGUAACCUCUGGAUCUCUCACUUGUUACAUUAACUGGACAGUGGUAACAAAAUAGCCCCUUAUUUUUGUAAAGCAAAGGAUGUUUAUUAAAUAAAACCUCUAUUUUUCUCAGA